GGGAGCCAAUCGCUCACAGGAAGUGGGUUAUUUGUGUAAAACAACUUUUGGCAGCCUACAACUUGCGAUUUGUUGACGAACAGCAACACAAGACAUGCACUCGCUCACACAGAGCCUGGACAAGGUGGUGUGUGUGGGUAUGAACUACAGAGACCACUGCCUGGAGCAGAGCGCCCCCAUCCCCACUGAGCCCAUCAUCUUCAGCAAGUUCCCCUCCUCCAUCACGGGCCCCUACGAUGACAUCCACCUGCCAAACAAGAGCCAGAGCUUCUCAGUGUUACGAGCACACAGGCAACAUGAAGAGACUUCACGUUUUAGUAAACCUUCUCACAUUUUCAUCAUCUGCCAACACAGGGGCUCAGACUUUUUGUGAAACUCCAUACGGAACUGAAUUGGUGUAUAUUUAGCACACUUAAUAUAUUUACUGUUUAAAUUGUUCUAUCAUACAAUGAUAUGAUGUAAUGCAACAAAAUGAAAAUAAUCUACAGUGAAGUAAAGAAC